AUGGCAGGGCGAUGGCAUGUCGAGUGCCAACGCAAAGUGCUGUUGGGGAACAUGGAGGCCUUGCUCUUCUUGGCCACGCCCGUGGAGACGGACGGCGCUUCUUCGGGGUAUCCGGCGAAGCACGCCAAGCAGGGCUGUCGACUCCCAUGGGAAGAUGCCACCGGACGGCGCCAGUGGUCUGCUAUGAAGGCGACCUUACGGCCUCCCUUGCGGCUGGUGACCGGUGGAAAGAAGUGCCGAAGAGGACUGCCCCGCAGACGCGCCACCGCCGCGGUCGCGCCACCGCCGCGGCCGGGCCUUUCGGGACGGCAUCCGACAGGGCCAGCGGCUUCGUCCGGGGUGCCACGGGAUACACCACCCGUGGCAGGGUAG